AUGAAGAAACUCGUAGCAUUUUCAUGUCUUUUUUCAGUUUAUAUCGUACUUGGAGCACUAAUCUUCAGGGCUUUUGAAAUUGAAAACGAGAUCAAGGAGAACACCCUCAUUAAGAGCCUACGUGAAAGGUUCAACAGAAAGUACAACAUAACUGACGACGAUUGGGGAAUCCUUGAAAGUAUGAUGAAGGAAAAACAAAGUUUGAACACAAAUACCCUGGUGUGGAGCUUUGGUAACGCAUUUAUAUUUGCAGGGAGUGUUGUGACGACAGUAGGUAGGUUUAAGUUUAAUUCUCGUACAUAUAUACUUUUAUGGUUAUGGUGACCAUGUAUUUAUGUUUCACAAUCCAUUUUGAUUUGUAUUUUCAGUGAAAUUGUUGUUUAAAUUAAUUACACUUUCGUUAAAACUGUACAGUCUGAAAAGUGUAGUGCAUAUAUAAGGUUUUGGUUGACCCUAGUAUGAAUGCAAAAACUCACAGUUGAAUGUUAAAAUAAAUCGAUUUAAAAAUUUAUGCAUUUGUAUAUGGUACGAAGCAAGAUUAUGCUAUACCAAAUCGUUUAUUGUUUAUCCUGUGAAAUAGACUUCAGUAAAAAUAAAUAGAUAUAAAUUUAAUUGCUACGAGUUUUACAAGGGAUAUUUAGUGCGUAAUAAACUUCAGUUUUCAAAUCUUUCUUAACUGAUUUCCUCAAAUGACUGUUAUAAUUUAUCUUUAACUAAGGAAAAGCACGUCGACAUUCAUUUCUACCAAUUUAAUGGUCUAUGAUAAGUAAGAUGUCUCAAUUUUUUCCUGAAGCAAUGUAACGCCGUAUGUAUUAGAAGUCAUAUCUCUUACAUUUUUGGUUUUUAUUCAUUCAGAAAAACGAGGCUUAUCUAAAGGAUCUUCACUAAAUAAAGAUCGGCAUAUCAUACCGUAAAAUUCCGAAAAUAAGCCCCAGGGGCUUAUCUAUGGAAGGAAAUUUGCGUUUCAAAAUCGGUUGGGCUAGCCUUAUAGUUGGAAGGAAAUUUAUCGUUUUUUCAUUUGUAUUUGAGUACAAUUUCCAAGUAAAAGCCCCUGGAGGCUUAUAUUUGGAGGGGUUUUUUGCUUUACGAGUUUGGGGGGACUUAUAUUUGGAGGGACUUAUACAUGGAGGGACAUAUUUUCCGAAUUUUACGGUAUUUUGUUCCAGCUACUUACUUUCAUAUCGCAUUAAGAAAUGAGAUUGCUCCUUUUAAUACUAUUUUAAUCGGUACGAAUGAUAUUCAAAAUAUUCCUCGUGAAAACUGGACUCAUAGAGGGGAUUAUCUCUUUUUACCUUCAAACAAAUCGCAAAUUAUGGAAAAAAGAAACAACAACAACAAAAAAAUAUAUCAAGAAAUUAAACUGCAUGUAGAUCGUACGGUAAAUUAAAAAGUUUUAAAUUUGAACUGUUUAAAAUUAAUUCAUUACUUAUUGUUUUCGCAGGCUAUGGCAAUAUUGUUCCCCGAACGACAAAUGGUCGUCUCUUUUGCAUAUUUUACGCUUUCUUUGGUAUACCGCUGACGUGCCUGACACUAAAGACCAUCGGGGAGAAGCUACGCGACUUAAUGACGUCAUUGAUUCAUAGUGUCAAAAGACGGUUCGGUAGCACACAAAGAGUCCGCAAUGGAAUCGUGUGCACUAUAAACAUCUUUUUGUGGAUCAUAACACUCCUUUUUCUUUCCCUUUUAGCGCAUUGGAGACGCGGAUGGACCAUAUUUGAAGGCUUUUAUUUCUGCUUUAUAACUUUCAGUACAAUCGGUUUUGGAGACUUCGUUGCUUUUGAUGACAAUGAAGCAAACACGUUUACUGAUUACAUGGUGGUAAUUGUUGGCGUUGUUUUGGGAUUUGCAGCAAUGUCAACUGUCUUGUUUUCAUGCAGCUCUAUGAUGGAAAACAAAUCAAAGGAAACUUCUCAACUUGCCCAGAAAUUUCGUGAUGUCAAGAAAAGAUUGAAGUUAAGGGGAACUGCAGUUGUCGAACCUUUGAAACGUCGUCAUCAAAAUGAAACUGGAAAAUUAGAAAUGGCAAACAGACAUGGUCAGUAA